AGCUUCCAGCUGAGUUCUGUAGAAAACAGAAGCAAUCUGUUGUAACUAGAGGUUUGAAGUCGUUUGUGAAGAAGGAAGUGCGAGGGGAGCUGCAGAUAAGCUGUUACAUAAAGGCCUCUCACACAAGGCAGGCAGACGUGAACAGCUGCACUCUUCCUCUUAUAGGGACUUUAUUUUUGCGUAUUUGCAGUCAGGAUGCUGCUGGAGCUGCUGCUUUUCGGGGCCGCGUUAGUCGGACUUUAUUUCCUCCUUCACUUGACUGUUUUAAAGAUGCCGAGGUGUAAAAGUGACGUGAAGUUAAACGGGAAAACUGCCAUCGUCACCGGAGCAAACACUGGCAUCGGUAAGCCCACAGCAAUGGACUUGGCGAGGAGGGGGGCGAGAGUGAUCAUGGCCUGCAGGGACAGAGGCCGAGCAGAGGCCGCCAUCAAGGACAUCAUCCAGGAGACGGGGAACAACCAGGUGGUCUUCAUGCAGCUCGACCUGUCCAGUCUGAAGUCCGUGCGAUCAUUCGCUGAAAACUUCCUGCGUUCGGAGUCCAGACUUGAUCUGCUCAUCAACAAUGCUGGUCUGCUGUCAAAUGGAAAAACAGAGGACGGCUUCGGGAUGAUCUUUGGUGUAAAUCACCUGGGUCACUUCCUGUUGACGGUCCUGCUCCUGGACCGGCUAAAGGCGAGCGGUCCAAGCCGCGUUGUGACGGUGUCAUCUGAUGGCCACAAGGGAGGGAAAGUGGAUUUCAAUUGUCUGACGACUCACAGAGAUUUAAGUUUGGGCGACAACGACUUCCAGCUGCUCAAGAACUACUGCCACAGCAAACUGUGCAACAUCCUGUUCACCACCGAGCUCGCCAAGAGGCUGCAAGACUCCGACGUCACCUGCUACAGCCUCCAUCCAGGAAUCAUAAAGACAGAGAUCGCUCGGAACGCGGGUUUCUUGUGGAAGCUCGUGGUGACACCCAUCUUUGCCCCUUUCCUUGUGGACGCUGAGUCUGGAGCUCAGACCACACUCCACUGUGCCCUGGAGCCGGGAAUCGAACACCUCAGUGGACACUACUUCUCCAGCUGUGCUCCGCUAACCAACCUCAAGGCGAGAGACGAUGCCACGGCGAAGAAGCUGUGGGAGCUCAGCGAGAGUUUCUGCGGUCUGUCCUAAAAUCAGAAAUUAAAAUCUGAGCUUUGUUCUUCUUUCCCUGCAAUAAUUCUCAUAAAGAGACUCUUUUUAAAGAUAUAACAAGUAUGUUUCUUUGUACUCAUAUUGUACAGCAUUACAAUGUGACAACUCAAGAUUCUGUUUGUCCUUGAACGCAUCACUGCAGAGUUCAGAACUGUCUGUACUUCAUGAUAAACAUUGAUUUAUAAUCAUGUAA